UUUAUUUUAUAAACAACACUCGCCGGGUUCGGUCGGAAUCGGACUGCGGUAUUAUAGAACGGCGUGGUGCGGAGCAUAUGUAAUUGCUUAUCAGAGGGAGCUGUCCGAAAUCGGUAUGUUUUCACCGCUCGAGUGAUACUUGAUUCCCGGCGAUUACCCAUCCCAGCCCCCCGCAGACCGGCGGUUUACGUAAGUCCAUUCAAUUUCAUUCGCUUGGAACACAUUUUAGCCGAGAGCACAUCAAUCAAGCAAUAAUAAAACCAAAAUGCGGCUACUGGCGAGACACGCGAUUCAGACGGUGCUGCGGCAGGAAAACAGGGAGCUCUUGGGGGGAGGAGGAGCAGGUGUCCGGCAGAAGGCCACAACCGGUUACCUGAAGCUGGCACAGACUGCGGCACUGGAGCCGGAGAAACCGAUCCAACAGGUGGAUCAGCUAAAAAACUCACCGUUGACGGACACAUUUGGCCGGCACCACACCUACCUGAGGAUCUCCCUCACCGAACGCUGCAACCUGAGAUGUGAUUACUGCAUGCCCGCUGAGGGAGUUCCCCUGCAACCCAAGGCGAAUCUGCUGACCACCGAGGAAGUCCUACGCCUGGCACGGAUAUUCGUGGAGCAAGGAGUGCGCAAGAUUCGUCUGACCGGAGGCGAACCCACUGUCCGCCGAGACAUAGUGGAUAUAGUGGCACAAAUGAAGGCCCUGCCGCAGCUGGAACAUGUUGGCAUCACCACCAAUGGCCUGGUUCUGACCCGGCUACUGUUGCCGCUUCAAAGAGCCGGGCUGGACUCCUUGAACAUUAGCUUGGACACCCUGAAAAAAGAUCGAUUCGAGAAGAUCACCCGACGAAAGGGCUGGGAGCGGGUGAUAGCUGGCAUUGAUUUGGCGGUCCAGUUGGGCUAUACGCCCAAAGUGAACUGUGUUCUUAUGCGGGACUUCAAUGAGGACGAGAUCUGCGAUUUUGUGGAGUUCACCAAGGAUCGUCCGGUGGAUGUGAGGUUCAUAGAGUACAUGCCCUUCUCCGGAAACAAGUGGCACACGGAACGGCUCAUUUGCUACAAGGACACGGUGACCGCAAUCCGUAAAAGAUGGCCAGACUUUCAAGCUCUGCCCAAUGGACCCAAUGAUACGUCCAAAGCCUAUGCCGUGCCUGGCUUUAAGGGUCAAGUGGGCUUCAUAACCUCCAUGACGGAACACUUUUGUGGAACCUGCAACAGAUUACGACUCACAGCCGAUGGGAACAUAAAGGUUUGCCUGUUCGGGAACAAGGAGUUCUCCUUGAGAGACGCCAUGCGCAGGAAGGACGUCACCGAGGAUCAGCUGGUGGAUUUCAUUGCGGCGGCAGUUCAGCGCAAAAAGAAGCAGCAUGCAGGCAUGCUCAACCUGUCGCAGAUGGAGAACCGGCCCAUGAUCCUCAUUGGCGGCUAGUAGACACACCACACUCUCCAUCCUCUCUCCCGUUGCAGGUGCAGUUCCGUAUCAUCCUCAUCUAUUACUUCAUCAAAUGACUCAUCCUGCCAGGCUGCAGAUCCGCAACGGCAGUCACCUGACCCACGUCAAUGCCCAAGGCAAGGCCCAAAUGGUGGAUGUGGGCGGAAAGGCGUCAACCACAAGACUAGCCCAAGCAGAGGCCACUGUCCGAGUGGGCGAGCAGUUAACCCAGUUAAUAGCAGCCAACGAAUUGGCCAAAGGCGAUGUCUUAACGGUCGCCCAGCUGGCAGGCAUCAUGGGAGCCAAACGCACCUCAGAACUCAUACCCUUGUGCCACAACAUCAGCUUAUCCUCCGUCAAAGUUCAGGCCGUUCUACAGAAGAGCACUCAAUCCGUUCACCUAAAAGCAUCCGUACGCUGCUCGGGUCAAACGGGCGUGGAGAUGGAAGCUCUGACAGCUGUCUCCAUCGCUGCCCUGACGGUGUACGACAUGUGCAAGGCCGUGUCUCACGACAUCUGCAUUACCAACAUCCGACUACUAAGCAAAUCCGGCGGCAAAAGAGACUUCCAUCGGGAGGAGGCCACUCAACCAGACAUCGAAUGAAGCUACACUGACUGAAUGGAUUGGUUGAGGUUGGAAAACUAAUUCAAGAUGGCUUUGAAUUGGAAAACUAAUUACUUUUAAGAAACACUCCAAUAUGGUUAUUGUAAGCAGGGAUUAAAGAGCAUUUCUAUUCUCCAAA